CGGAGGGAGGCGUAUCCAAGCAUCUCCUCUCACUCUCACUAGGAGGAGGAGAUGCCAGACAUUGCCCUUAACACGCUCGCUGAAUAACUGUCGCGCGGGAAACAAAGGCUUGGCUGCUGUGAAGUCAACAUUCGGGCGCUCCAUCCUGAAGCCAUGUGAGAGAUCUGCUGCUGCAAAGGGACGCCAGAACACAUUCACCGUCGGGUUGAGCGCCGCUCCCCGGAACAACCAAGACCACACGUCCCCGCCAAGAGCCGUAUUUGCAACCCUGGAGAGUAACCGAAUUAAUGCCCAUCAUUAGAUAGUAGUAGCCCAGUCAUAUUGAUCGCCUGUAUCGUUUACGCCUCCGAGCGGGGGUUUGUUUUUUUCUAAGCGGACGCGAGAGAGACAUUCGCUAUCAAAAGGGAACGCUUUGACCACUGAGAUGUCGGAAGCUUUGUCACAGCAAGAGAGACUUCGGGCCAUUGCUGAGAAGAGGAAGAGGGAGGCUGAGAUUGAGAACAAAAGAAGACAACUUGAGGAUGACCGCAGACAACUCCAGCAUCUCAAGUCAAAGGCAUUGAGAGAGCGAUGGCUGUUGGAUGGAGCGCCAUCCAGUGGAGAGGACGAGGCACAGAAACAACUACAAGAGGAUGAAGCCAAGACCAAACUACUGGAGCAGACCAUCCUCAGACUAGAACAGGAGAUUGAUGAGCUUGAGAGUGGCGUGCCUUUGAAUAAAGGAGAAAAUGCACCUGAUGGUCCAGUGAAGGCAGUUGAGAAUGGCAUACAGCAGCCCAGCCCAGAUCAAAAUAGCAAGAAACAGAUCACAGGCAUUGAGGCCAAACUGCAGUGCACCAACCCCGAUGCAGCCAUUGAGAAUGCCAGCGCAGAGCAUCCCGUCACCAUGGUGUUCAUGGGCUACAAGAAUGUCGAGGAUGAGGCUGAGACCAAGAAGGCACUGGGCAUAGAGGAGACAGUGAAAGCUGAAUUUGUGGUCAUUGAGGACGGCGAGAACAAAGCUGGAAACGAAGGGGCCAAAGAGGACCAGGCCCCACCUAACGGCAGCACCUCGAGUCCUGACAAAACUCAGGACGAGGCCAAGAAGGAGGAGUCGAAAGAAGACGGCAACUCGAAAGAAAAGCAGCCGUGCAAGUGCUGCGCAGUCAUGUGAGCGUGACCGCACGCCCUGAAGUUUAGACUCUGACGGAAAACUGACCCCCGACCAUAACACAACAAUGAAUAAGUAUACCCCGUAUACUUAAUUAACUUUUGUUGUCUAGUAUGUAUUUCUUUUUUAUUUCUAUUAAUAUUUUUCUAUAUUUCUGUCUUGACAUUUAUAUAUCUAUAUAUACAUAUAUUUUCAUUAUGUAAUCUUAUGAAGUCCAGUAUUUUGCUUGUUGAAGAACAGAAAAAUGAGGACCACAACAGACUCCACUUUAAACAACAACAUUUUUGUGGCCCUCAUCCUUAUUUUGUUUUAAGAAAAAUAAGAUGAACGUCUCUAUAUAUGAGCUAGCUAUUUAUCUCCCGUAUACAUUUGUGUUUUUAAGAUAUUACUUUAUUACUGAGAAGAAAUGACUAUAUUGAUAUUACAAUGUUAUGCUUUUAAUAUAUAUUUUGAGCCUUUUGUUUUGUUCUCAUUUAUUUUUGCCAAAUCAUCUCAGACCACUGUGAACACUGGUACAUGGAGUGUCGUCUUUGUCCGCAAUCAUACAUUCUGCAUCUCAUAGUAGGCCAAUAUGUUUGUAAAUAUGAUGCAAUUAUUUAUGACUGUUCAUGCUAUGGUAGAAUACAUGUAAUCAUGUUUUAUUCAAAUAGGCUGCUGGAAUUUCCUCAGAUCCCAAUUAUAACCACAGCAGAUCACUUUUUACAAGAUAACCCAUUUUAAAACUCUUUUCUACAUGAAGGAUAACAUUGUUAGAUAGAAUUGUAAUCAAUAUUAAUUUUUGGAAAAUGUAGUAUCAAUGCAAUGCCUCAUAUUACAUGUAGCCCAUAUUAUUGAAAAGCAUUCUUACAGUAUGCAAAAUAUAUCUCUAUAUCAUUUGAAAAAAAAAAUGAAUUUAAUUAAACAAAAGUCAUUCUUGUUUCAAUGUUCAGGCAGUUCAUUCUCAAUUAGUGUUAAUUCAAGGUAAACAGUCUGGGGUCUAAAACAUGUUUCUCAUUCUGAGACCACAGCUUUGUAAAUGUAGUUUUGCUGUCUUUCUGCUAUUUCAAUUUAAUGAAUUAUUUCAUUUUGUGUAAGACAGUAUGUGUUGUGGAUAUCAAAUAAUGUCAUGAGUUAUAGGUGCUUUAUUGGUAUGGCCAAUGCCUGUUAUGGUCCAAGUGUUUAAAUCAGGAACAAUGACAAUAAACAAAAAAAUGUUUGUUUACAAUUAUGUACUGGUAAUUCUUUGGUAAUUAUAUUUUUACUCACCUGCAGUCAACAUAGUCUGACAAUGGCUGUCAUUUGGAAAAUUAAUUGUUUUGAUUUCCCUAGUGACAAAAUCUUGUUUGAUGUUUGAUGAUAAUGUCUGUUCCAGAGAAAGAGUUUCUGUGAACUCAUUUAGUUCAAAUACUCUGCCAUUAGUUAUUGUUUGUUUCAGGUGCAAAAACUUCAAAAUCAAUAACAAACUCAAUUCAUGAUUGCAGAGUGGACAGAUGUCAUAUCAAAAUCACAUUUUAAAGCAGGGGUGUCAAACUCCAGUCCUGGAGGGCUGCAGCCCUGCAGAGUUUAGAUGCAACCCUAAUUAAACACACCUGAUCCAACUAUUCAA